UUUUUCUAUAUUCUAUAUCAAAAGUUGAAAAUAACAUAGAAUUCCAAUAAGGUGAAGAGAAAUUAUAUGUGCGCACUUAGCUGCGGCAAACGCUGCAGGAAGCAGUGAGAACGUAUCGGCAAGAAGAAGAACAAGCAAUCACCUGCGAAAAAGAAAUAAAUUGCCGAGAAAUGUUAAAGACCUUGUAGUGCGGCUGUUUGGCGUGCGUUGAAAUGAUUCCUGGCGACCAGUAGAAGCAUUUAGUGACCACGCAACUCAUCCCCCAUCCCCCGCUGCAAAGGUUAAGCAACUGGACAAAGGCCAUCUACAACAACAACACCACAGAGGCAGCCACAGCCAUUUGGCACCCACACUCAAACACAACACACACAUACACUGCGUAGAAGACAACAACAACUGGGAAUCGGAGGCCUUCAACUGCUGGAAAAAUGGAAGCGGACGGAUUAACCAACGAACAGACGGAAAAGGUCCUACAGUUCCAGGACCUUACCGGCAUCGAGGACAUGAACGUGUGCCGCGACGUCCUAAUCAGACAUCAAUGGGAUCUCGAGGUUGCCUUCCAGGAGCAGCUAAAUAUUCGCGAGGGUCGCCCCACCAUGUUCGCCGCCUCCACGGACGUACGAGCACCCGCUGUGAUCAACGACCGCUUCCUGCAGCAGGUGUUCUCCGCCAACAUGCCUGGCGGACGGACAGUGAGCCGGGUACCUAGUGGCCCCAUACCCCGCAACUUCACCGGUAUCCUUGGCUACGUGAUUAACUUCGUGUUCCAGUACUUCUACUCAACGCUGACGAGCAUCGUGAGUGCGUUUGUGAACCUGGGCGGUGGAAACGAGCCGCGUUUGGUGACAGAUCCGCUCGGCGACGUGAUGAAGUUCAUUAGGGAGUACUAUGAGAGGUACCCCGAGCACCCAGUCUUCUAUCAGGGCACCUAUGCCCAAGCCCUGAACGAUGCCAAGCAGGAGCUGCGCUUCCUGAUCGUUUAUCUGCACAAGGAUCCCGCCAAGAACCCCGAUGUUGACUCUUUCUGCCGCAAUACACUCUCGUCAAGAUCGGUUAUUGACUACAUUAACACUCACACCCUGCUGUGGGGCUGCGACGUGACCACACCGGAGGGCUAUCGGGUGAUGCAGUCGAUCACGGUGCGAAGCUACCCGCUGAUGGUGAUGAUCAGCCUUCGGGCGAAUCGCAUGAUGAUCGUUGGACGCUUUGAGGGGGAUUGUACGCCCGAGGAGCUUCUGCGCCGCCUCCAGUCGGUGACGGCUGCCAAUGAGGUGUGGCUAAGUCAGGCGCGUGCAGAUCGUUUGGAGCGUAAUUUUACACAGACUUUAAGGCGACAGCAGGACGAGGCUUACGAGCAAAGUUUGCUUGCGGACGAGGAGAAGGAACGCCAGCGGCAAAGGGAGCGAGAUGCGGUGCGGCAGGCGGAAGAGGCUGUGGAGCGGGCCCGACGCGAUGUGGAGCUCCGCAAGGAGGAGGUUGCCCGUCAAAAGAUCGAACUGGCCACUUUAGUGCCAUCAGAACCGGCAGUGGAUGCAGUCGGCGCCAUCGCCGUCGUCUUCAAGCUGCCCAGUGGAACACGACUCGAGCGGCGCUUCAACCAGACGGAUUCGGUGCUGGACGUUUAUCACUAUCUCUUCUGCCAUCCUGCUUCGCCGGACCAGUUUGAGAUCACAACGAAUUUCCCGAAGCGGGUGCUCUACUCGAAGGCGGACGUAGAUGCCGCCGAAGGAGCAGGCGCAGCCAACGAGACGCUGAACAAGAGUCUCCAGGACGUGGGCCUCAAGAACCGCGAAGUGCUGUUCGUAAACGAUCUGGAAGCGUAACCAAGCACCACCUACCAAAUGAUAGCAUCAUCGUGUUACCAGCUGCAACGCAUUACCAAAACUUGAACCAAGUUUUAAGUAGUCGUAGUCAACGUCCAAGUCGGAGGAUAGACAGAAAAACUAUUCCUAAUUUAAUCAUGAAUAUUAAUAUAAAUAAUUGUUUAACAAUGCUUAGGUUGAUUCUCUUGUAAUCUACGCACCACCACCCACCCGUUCCUCCCGCAAACAUUCACACAUAAGUAAAAGUCUUUUCCAGAAUAAUUUCCGUAAAUCACAUGUUUAAUUUCUUUUUACUUAAGGAUUUUUGUUAUGUUAGCUGUACUUAUACUUCCGUCUAUUUAAUCAAAAUAGAGCCAGAGUCUUGUUAUUUGACAAAGAGUUUGAGUUUAAUCUGAAUGUGGUCGAAUUGAAUAAAUCAAAGUUAUAAAUAAUCAUGUUUAA